AUGUCUUACCGCAACGACUCCGACAGCUACGGCAGUGGCAACCAGAGCUCCGGCUACGGUGACAACAACUCCUCCAGCUACGGCGGUAACCAGUCCGGCUCUGGUCGUGACCAGGACAGCUACGGUAGCAACAACAAUGACUCCUCCAGCUACGGUGGCAACCAGUCCAGCUCUGGUCGCAACCAGGAUAGCUACGGCAGCAGCAACAAUGACUCCUCCAGCUACGGAUAG